AUGAUUGAAGAUACACUUCUUAUUCACAAGGACUAUGUGGACAUAAAAUCUAUAAAGAAAUCUCCAUUAACAUAUGGGUUGGUAGUUUUGGUCAUCACUGCAGUUUGUGGAAUGUAUCUUUGCUCAAUCAAUUUAGAGCAUCCAAGGGUUAUUAUUAGAGCAAAUACAAAGUUGUUGGAACUUAGAAGUAAAGUCUUUAAUAGUAAUAAUAACCAUUCAUCAUCUUGUUAUCCUUAUGGUGUGGAACAAUGGGAACUUCCCUACUUGCAUUAUCCACAACCCAAAACUUAUAAUAGAGAGGAAUGUGCAUGUAAUCCUGUUAGGUUUUUUGUGAUCCUCUCAAUGCAAAGAUCAGGAAGUGGAUGGUUUGAGACAUUUUUGAACAGUCAUGGCAAUGUAAGCUCCAAUGGUGAGAUAUUCUCUUUGAAAAAAAGAAGAGAAAAUGUUUCUUCAAUUUUGAAGACAAUGGACACACUUUACAAUCUUGAUUGGUUCACUAGUGCUUCCAAGAAUAAAUGCACUUCAGCUUUGGGAUUCAAAUGGAUGCUCAAUCAGGGUUUGAUGGAGAAUCAUGAGGAGAUAGUGAAAUACUUUGAAAGGAGAAAGAUUUCAGUAAUAUUUCUUUUCAGAAGAAAUUUGCUUCGCAGAAUGGUAUCUGUGUUGGCAAAUCAAUAUGACAAAGAUGCCAAGCCAUUGAAUGGAACCCACAAGUCUCAUGUUCACUCUCCAUUAGAGGCUAAAAUUCUUGCCAAAUAUAAGCCAUGGAUCAACACCACGUUACUGGAAUCAGAACUGAAGGAAACAGAAGAGACAGCUUCAAAAGCCAUUGAAUAUUUUAACAACACUCACCACAUUGUUCUCUAUUAUGAGGAUCUUCUGAAAAAUCUCACUAAACUGAAUGAUGUUCAAGAAUUUCUAAGAGUACCGUACAGAGAUCUGCACAGUCGUCAAGUGAAGAUACACACAGCUCCAUUAUCAGAACAAAUUGAGAACUGGGAACAAUUACAAGAAGCUCUCAAAGGGACUCAAUACCAAGCUUUUCUAUCAUCAGACUGAUGAAAAUUGAAACAUAACACACACAAUCUCUUUCUA